UUCUCUACUUCCCUACAGGGCGUUUUGGUUUGGUGAUUGUCUAAGAUAGUGGCGAUCCCUUUCCCCUUAGGGAGUUAGACUGAUGGAACCGCCGCGGUGCGGUUACGUCCGUGCGUCAAACGCGACUUUCAUCAAUUCUAUUCUGUCCGCGACCAUCGCUCACUCCUCAACCCAGAUACUACACCGUCUGCUACACGCGUUAACACCAUCCGAUCACACAAGUUCUCUACUGCAAUAGAUUCGGAAACUUUGACUGCCGCGAAUUCCACCCGCGACCCUCAACCCAUACCAUUCUAACGCGCCGAGCACGGCCCAAACGGGCAAUAUGGCUCGCAAGAAGGCUGGUCACAACGAUUCAGAUGGCCCAUCGACAGCCGACGUGUCUGCGAAUGAAGAUGUCGAGAUGCAGGAGCAAGAUGGCAAGAUAAAUGGUUUCAAUAAGUUCACAUAUUUCCAAGAUACCCCGGAUUACACGGAUUCUGACACAAACCCUAAUACGACUGCUAGCAGCGUCGCAGGGGAUAAUGUGCCAACCGACGGACGGAAACGGCGAUCGGAAGCGUUCAAUAUGCGCAAGAGCAUAUAUGGCAAGAAACAUGAUCGCCUUGGUGAAUCAAAGGAAGAUGAUACCCUUCGCCGAUUUAGAUAUCUGCUUGGUCUCACCGACCUGUUCCGACACUUUAUCGAUUCGAAUCCCAAUCCCCGCAUCAAAGAAACCCUCGCGGAAAUCGACCGACAGAACGCCGAAGAUGAAGCCAAGGCCAAGAACAGCAAGCUUCGCAAGGGAGGUGCAGCCGUAGAGCGCCGCAGGAAGACUGAACAAGAGGAGGAUGCUGAGCUCGUGCGUGAAGAGAAGCACGGUGGCCAUCACGAGACGGUGUUCCGUGAGUCUCCUGGUUACAUCAAAGGUGGCAAGAUGCGUGACUACCAGGUUGCGGGCCUCAAUUGGCUCAUCUCUUUGCAUGAGAAUGGUAUCUCAGGUAUUCUCGCCGACGAGAUGGGUCUUGGAAAAACCCUUCAAACGAUCUCCUUCCUUGGUUAUCUCCGUUUCAUCGCCGGAAUUUCUGGGCCACAUUUGGUAGUCGUACCGAAGUCUACACUUGACAACUGGAAGCGCGAAUUUGGCAAAUGGAUUCCCGAUAUCAACGUCCUCGUUCUGCAAGGAGCUAAGGAAGAGCGUGCUGAGCUGAUCCAGGAGCGACUUGUGGAUGAGAACUUUGAUGUGUGCAUUACAAGUUACGAAAUGAUUCUCCGUGAGAAGAGUCAUUUAAAGAAGUUCGCAUGGGAGUAUAUCAUCAUCGACGAAGCACACCGCAUCAAGAACGAAACAUCAUCACUUGCACAAAUCAUUAGAGAAUUCAAUUCUCGAAAUCGACUUCUGAUUACUGGAACCCCGCUUCAGAACAAUCUUCACGAAUUAUGGGCUCUCCUAAACUUCCUACUACCCGACGUCUUUGGUGACGCAGCUGCAUUCGACGAAUGGUUCUCCACGCAAGGCGAGGACUCUGACACUGUAGUACAGCAACUGCAUAAAGUCCUGAGACCUUUCCUACUGCGCCGUGUCAAGAGCGAUGUCGAAAAGUCACUGCUGCCCAAGAAGGAGGUCAAUUUGUAUAUCGGCAUGUCUGAUAUGCAGGUCAAGUGGUACAAGAAGAUCCUGGAAAAAGACAUCGAUGCUGUCAAUGGUGGUGCAGGCAACAAAGAAUCCAAAACACGGCUGUUGAACAUUGUCAUGCAACUUCGGAAGUGUUGCAAUCACCCUUACCUCUUUGAAGGAGCUGAACCCGGUCCUCCGUACACGACUGAUGAGCAUCUGGUCCAUAACGCUGCCAAAAUGGUCAUGCUCGAUAAUCUUCUCAAGCGCAUGAAAGCCCAGGGGAGCAGAGUCUUGAUCUUCUCCCAGAUGAGCCGUAUGCUCGAUAUUCUGGAGGAUUAUUCUGUCUUUCGUAAUUAUCCGUACUGUCGUAUCGAUGGCUCAACUGCUCACGAAGAUCGAAUCGCAGCUAUUGACGAUUACAACAAGGAAGGUUCAGAGAAAUUUCUAUUCCUUCUGACUACUCGCGCAGGUGGCUUGGGAAUCAACCUAACUUCUGCCGAUAUUGUUAUACUUUUCGACAGUGACUGGAAUCCUCAGGCUGAUCUCCAAGCCAUGGACAGGGCUCACCGUAUCGGUCAAACCAAGCAGGUCGUAGUAUUCCGAUUUGUCUCCGAGAACGCAAUCGAAGAAAAGGUUCUGGAACGUGCAGCACAAAAAUUGCGACUCGAUCAGCUAGUCAUUCAACAAGGUCGCGCUCAACAGCCUGUGAAAAAUGCGGCCUCCAAGGAUGAGUUGCUCACCAUGAUUCAGCAUGGAGCCGAAAAGGUUUUCCAGAGUCAGGGUGCCCUUGGAGCGAUGUCAGGAUCCAAUGACUUCUCAGAAGAUGACAUCGAUGCCAUUCUCAAGCACGGCGAAGAGAGGACGGCAGCACUCAAUGCGCGUUACGAGAAGCUUGGUUUGGACGACCUUCAGAAAUUUACCUCUGACUCGGCAUAUGAAUGGAAUGGUGAGACUUUCCAGCCUCGUAAGAAAGAAAUCGGACUCACUUGGAUCAACCCAUCCAAGCGAGAGAGGAAAGAGAUUGGAUAUUCCAUGGACAAUUACUACCGGAAUGCGUUGGCAACUGGUAAUCGACAAGAAGCCAAAGCGCCUAGAAUUCCUCGUGCUCCAAAACAGGUUGUCAUACACGAUUACCAGUUCUUCCCUCCACAACUUGCAGAGCUACAAGAGAAGGAGACCGCUUGGUACCGCAAAGAGAACAACAUUAAAGCUCCGCUGCCCGACGGUUCGGACGAGGAAUUGGAGACUCGCGAGGCUGAUCAGGAGCUAGCGCAGAAAGAGAUUGACAACGCAAUUCCCCUCACAGACGCGGAAAAGGAAGAAAAGGAGGCCCUGAUUGCCAAAGGUUUCCCAGAAUGGAACAAGCGAGACUUCCAGCAAUUCCUGAACGGUACCGCCAAAUAUGGACGCCAGAAUUACGAAGGUAUCUCUGAGGAAGUUGAUGGCAAGGAUCCCGACGAAAUCGCGGAAUACGCCAAAACAUUCUGGAAGAAGUACAAGACCCUCGACAAUUGGCAGAAGCAUUUGAAUGUAAUCGAGGAGGGAGAAGCCCGCGUGCGCCUGGCAGAGGAGAAGAAACGACUGCUUGCGAAGAAGAUUGGACAGUACCGCAUGCCACUCCAAAACAUGACCAUCAAGUAUACCGUAUCGACCACGAACAAAAAGGUAUAUACAGAAGAGGAAGACCGGUUCCUUCUGGUGAUGCUCAACAAACAUGGCAUUGAGGAUGAACAAAUUAACGAGAAGAUUCGAGAUGAAAUUCGCCAGUCGCCGCUGUUCCGUUUCGACUGGUUUUUCCUCAGCCGUACCCCACAAGAAAUCGGCCGUCGGUGUACCACCCUGAUCCAGGCGGUAGUGCGAGAACUUGGUGAUGGGGACGUGAAGAAUGGCAAAGGCAAGCGCGCUCUAGAGGAAGAUGACAGCGAGGAUGAAGACGAGCUACCUGUCAAGAAGAAGGCCAAAGGCAAUGUCAAAAACAAACAACUUGACACUGUCAAAGGCAAAGGGAAGGGGUCGGCCUCCGCCUCAACGUCUCGUGCAACCAGUGUAGCUUCCAACAGUAGCCCUGCUCCUUCCAGCGCUAAAUCGAAAGCGAAGGGAAAGAAGAGAUGAACAAGAUGCAGCUCCUCUUCGUUGAGCCCUGUUGCUCAUAUCACUGCGUUUUCUUGUAGUGGGCUGUUUUCAGACAGGUAAUUCCUUGGAUGCAUAAGGGAUGUUUUUUGUGCCUAUUAUCGCGCGUCCGGAAGGGCGAUCAUAGGUGGUUUUUCCUAGAUGUAAAUGAACCGGGAAUCUUUGAAGAGGCGUUUGGAGCACAAUGGGCGCGAGGCAUGCGAGAGUCUAGAUUAGUUCCCUAUUUGCCUUCUGGGUGCAGUGUCCUCGGCCGUCAAUGGUGAUCAGAGAAGAUAGUAUAUUCUCCAGGAUCAAUUAGUGCAAAAUCGAGUCAGUCUACAAUAAAUAGAAAGGCGACAAUAAUUUGAAGGGUU